AUGGAACUUCAACUUUUCUUCUUUGUUAUUCCCUUUUUUCUAUUGUUCCUAUUUCACUUCCUAUCAAAAUAUUUCAACCCAAAAACAAAUAAAUUGCCCCCUGGCCCAAAGAAAUUUCCUCUCAUUGGUAACCUUCAUCAACUAGCCAUGUCAAAGAAACUCCCACAUCAUGCUCUACAAGAGCUUUCUCAAAAAUAUGGUCCUUUAAUGCAUCUUCAACUAGGUGAAAUUUCUACCGUUAUUGUAUCAUCUCCGAAAUUGGCCAAAGAAGUCAUGAAAACACAUGAUGUUGUUUUUGCUAAUAGGCCAAAACUUCUUGCUCCUGAAAUUAUGGUUUAUGGUUCAAAAGAUAUUGUGUUUUCUCCAUAUGGAGAUUUUUGGAGACAAAUGAGAAAAAUAUGUGUGUUAGAGCUUCUAAGUGCUAAAAGGGUUCAAUCUUUCUCUUAUAUCAGAGAAGACGAGUCUACAAAAUUGAUACAAUCGAUUCAAUCAACAGCAAACUCGACAAUCAAUCUCACUAGUAGAAUUUUCGCGAUGGUGAGUAACGCUAUUUCAAGGGCAGCGUUUGGUGAAAAAUCAAAAGAUCAACAAGAAUUUGUUGAAUUGGUUAAAAAGGUUGUGGAAAUUUCAAGUGGACUUGAUGUCGAUGACAUGUUUCCUUCGAUUAAACCAUUACAUAUACUAACCGGGAUGAGAUCAAAGUUAGAUAAAUUUCACAAGCGCGUAGACACAAUCAUAGGAAACAUUGUUAGACAACAUCAAGAAAAACGAUCAAAAGGAAAAGAAGACAACAACAACGUUGAAGUCGACAAAGAAGAUCUAGUAGAUGUUCUUUUGAGAGUCCAAGAAAGUGGUGACCUUGAUGUUGAAAUAACAACCAACAACAUCAAAGCUGUGAUUUGGGAUGUAUUUGUUGCUGGAACUGAUACAACAGCAACAACAAUAGAGUGGACUAUGUCAGAACUCAUGAAAAACCCUAGCGCAAGAAAAAAAGUUCAAGCUGAACUAAGAGCAGCACUCAAAGGAAAAGAAACAAUACAAGAAUCUGAUCUACAAGAACUCUCAUAUUUAAAAUUAAUAAUCAAAGAAACAUUGAGGUUACAUCCACCUUCUCCAUUACUAGUCCCUAGAGAAAGCUCUGAGUUAACCAUCAUCGACGGAUACGAAAUACCGAAAAACACGAAAGUUAUUAUAAAUGCAUGGGCUCUGGCAAGGCAUCCGGAUUACUGGACCGACGCGGAGAUGUUUAUUCCGGAGAGAUUCGAGGAUAGUUCGGUUGAUUUUAAAGGGAAUAAUUUUGAGUUUAUUCCUUUUGGAGCUGGGAGAAGAAUGUGUCCUGGUAUGUCAUUUGGUUUGGCUAGUGUUACACUUCCUUUGGCUAAGUUACUUUAUCAUUUUGAUUGGGAGCUUCCAGAUGCGAUGAAACAUGAAGAUUUGGAUAUGAAUGAACAUUUUGGAAUGGCGGUUGGAAGGGAAAGUGAGUUGUGUUUGAUUCCUAGUGUUUGUGUUAUGUGA